AUGAUGAAACUCCUUUUGUUACUCCUGAUGACUCUGCUGCUCGAAGCGCGAAGUUGGUGGUUACUCUCCGAGUUGAGCCCUGGUUUAUCGUCUUUCCAUCCGUCGACAUGCCUUCUCAUUCCGGGCUUCAACGAGAAACAAAAAGAGAUUUGCACAAAGAACGCUGAUGCGAUGAAUCAUGUGGUCUCUGGUCUACGAAUGGCUGUUGAUGAGUGUCAGAAGACUUUCUCCACCCAACUAUGGAAUUGCUCGAUAUCUGCCCGACAACCGCAAUCACUUCAGACUGGCUCAAAAGAAUCGGCCUACGUUUACGCUAUCGCUUCGGCUGGCAUGUCGCACUCAAUAGCCAAGGCUUGCUCAAAGGGUGAAAUCUCAGCAUGUUCUUGUGGUCCAAUCCCAAGCACUCAAACGAAUAAAUACAUUUGGGCGGGUUGCUCGGAUAAUGUUCGAUACGCGAACACUUUUGGGAGAAAAUUCAUCGAUGUCACUGAUAAAGAGCAAAGUGAUGCAAGAUCCCUGAUGAAUCUUCACAAUAAUCGAGUCGGCCGUCGACUUCUCUCAAAUUCAAUGAAAAAAGAGUGCAAAUGUCAUGGGGUUUCCGGCAGCUGUGUCACAAAAACGUGUUGGAAGGUGGUGCCUCAAUUUGAUGACUUUGCCUUGAAGCUCAAAGAGAAAUACGAUUUCGCGCAACAGGCCAUAUUACCCGAUGAAAGCGUUGAAUUACUCCUGAAAGAUCCACCAAUAGUGGAGGGAGCUCGAGUCGGACGAUAUCUUGAUGUCGAUAAGGAAAGAAAUCGGGUGCCAAAGAAUGACUUGGUUUAUUUGGAGACAUCGCCAGAUUAUUGCCAAAAAUCGACUCGAGGAAGAGAGUGCACGAACAAUUGUCGGACAGUCUGUUGUGGACGGGGUUGGAACACCGUUCGCGAGAUGGUUGAAGAGCCGUGCCAAUGCAAAUUCAUUUGGUGCUGUGAAGUGGAGUGCAAGACGUGUAGAAGACUCGUCGAGAAGAAUUAUUGUAGA